AUGGUUUCUGAAGUUGCAUCAUUCUCACCUGAUGAAAAUAUAAUUGAAAUCGAUGAAAUUGUUGAAAUUGUUGAUAUUUAUUCAUUAAUUCCGGAAUCGUUUGAUAAAGAUGAAUCUAAUUCGUCUAAUAUCGUCGAAACAAUAAACAAAAGUCUUCUUUUCAACUGUCGUUAUCGCUUCCUAAAGUUCGUCCAUGUAUUCAACAAGCUUCAAUACAUGUAUCAUCUUAUUUCCAGCCUGCUCCUUGAUGAUGCACUUGACGUUCUCCGUGAAUCUUCAACGGUAACUGUAAUUCCAUUGGUUAUUGUAAAAUAG